AUGAGAGAGGUUUCUCCAAGUGCAGCGCAAGAUUUUGAGCGCUGUGAUCCUACAAAAUUUUGUAGAGCUUAUAUCUUGCCCUCAUGCAAGUCUGAUGUGGUUGUUAGCAAUAUGGUGGAAACUUUUAACGGGUACAUACUUCAGGCUAGGUCAAAUCAUAUUAUCGACAUGUUAGAGGAUAUAAGGACUGCUUUAAUGGAAAGGUUAGUGGUUAAGAAACUUGAGAUGGAGAAAGUAAAUGAUGAUAUUUGUCCAAGACUUAGGACCAAGCUUGAGAAAAACAAAGUAAAAGCAAGAAAAUGUUAUUCUCAAGCUUCGAACUUAAAUAUGUUUCAAGUGACAGACCAUCUCAACAAGUUCGUAGUGGACUUGAACAUGAGAACUUGCACUUGCAAGCAAUGGGAUCUGACCGGAUUGCCAUGUGCCCAUGUUAUUUCAGCAGUGACAUGGUUAAAACACGAUUGUGAGGAGUAUGUUGAUGCUUAUUUACGUAAGGACACUUACCUGAAGGCAUAUGAUGUUUCUAUCAACCCUUGUGUUAGUGAAAGGUCUGGCUUGAAAAAGGAGUUGCUAUUACAACCUCCGUUGAUAAAAAUCGGUCCUGGUAGACCAAGAAAAUGUAGAAGAAAGCACCCCCAUGAAGACCCAAAAAAACCCGGAAAACUCACAAAACAUGGUAUACAAAUGACUUGUUCAAUUUGCAAAUCAAAGGCUCAUAACAAAAGGAAAUGCCCCUUGAAAGACCAACAAGUUGAAGCACCAUCUAAAAGAGGGAGGGGUAGACCGAGGAAGGAUGGUAGCUCAACUACUACUACUGCUAGUGUAGCAGAAAUUGUAGCAGCACCUGACUCAGGAAGGGGAGGGAAGGGGAAGGGGAAAGGGUAG